AAUCUUGAAAUUAUUAAAUUCUCGUUUUCCACUGCUCUUCUUCUUCCUCUUCCAAGAGUGAAGAGAGCUCGAUGGUCCAAGAGACGAAUCGCUCUUAGAUCGUAUGAUCUGAUCCUAACAGGAAGAUGGGAAUCGUUUUCACGAAGUUGUUUUCUUUCGUGUUUGGAAACAAAGAAGCUCGCAUCCUCGUCCUCGGACUCGACAAUGCCGGAAAAACCACUAUCCUCUAUCGGCUUCAAAUGGGGGAAGUGGUUUCCACGAUUCCGACUAUUGGAUUUAAUGUAGAGACUGUGCAGUACAACAACAUCAAGUUUCAGGUCUGGGAUUUAGGUGGACAAACGAGCAUCAGGCCAUAUUGGAGAUGCUAUUUUCCCAAUACUCAGGCAGUGAUUUAUGUUGUUGAUUCGAGUGAUACCGAUAGAAUUGGAGUGGCGAAAGAGGAGUUCCAUUCAAUUUUGGAGGAAGAGGAAUUGAAAGGUGCAGUGGUUCUCAUAUUUGCAAACAAGCAGGAUCUUCCAGGUGCACUUGACGAUGCGGCUGUGACAGAGGCCUUGGAAUUGCACAAGAUAAAGAGUCGUCAAUGGGCAAUCUUCAAAACUUGUGCUGUGAAUGGCGAAGGACUUUUCGAAGGCCUAGACUGGUUGAGUAACACCCUCAAAUCAGGGAGUGGCUAACUUCAUCUCUUUACCACAAGAGUUGAUAGCAAGCAUAGACAAUUAUAGACCUUUUUCUUAUGCUUUUGUCUGAAGAAGAUAGUUGAAUACGGACUUGUAAGUUGUUGUGACACACAGGAUAUAACAUGAAAUUAACCCAUAAAGAUUACCAAUAGGCAAUAACACUUGCUUUCUCUC